AUGCAUUUGAUUGACUCACUUCCAACAGGCAAUUGUCAGUUCAAGUGGGUCAUAAUGUACAUUGACUACCACUCCAAGUUGAUCAAAGUUGCGCCCUUGGCCGCAAUAACGACGAAGAAAGUCCAACAUUUCUUACAACUGAACAUCUUCUACCCCCAUAGUACGCCAGAAUCCAUCAUUAUGGACAAUGAAAUGCUAAUCACAUGGUGUAGAGGAAAGGGAACACAACUCAAGUUUGCCUCAGUGGCACAUCCAAAAACCAAUGGCCAGGUCCAAGUUGCUGACAAGCUCAUCAAGGGAUUGCUGAAUAAGUUGGAUGAGGCAAAUGGGUUUUGGCACGAGAAGCUUAAUGAAGCAUUAUGGGCAAUCAGAACUACGCCAACAGAAGCAACUGGUGAGACCCCUUUUUGUCUUAUGUAUGGCACAUAG